CCAAGUUGACAACCUACAUACAAUGAGCAUACCCCUGCAAAUUUAUUAGCAUCUCUUCAAAAAGAAAAAGAACUUUUUUAAAAAAAGGGAAAAAGAGAAAUAAGCUACUAGUCUCAAACGCUAGGUAAAUCGAGCACACAGGAGAUUCUAAAAUACAAAAUGCACAUCCUUGUUGUGAAUGAUGAUGGUCCUCCAUCAAACCAGUCGUCCCCAUACGUCCAUUCGCUAGUCAACAGUCUCCAGUCCGCCGGCCACACCGUCUCCGUCGUUCUCCCGCACAGGCAAAGAUCAUGGAUAGGCAAAGCGCACCUCGUCGGCGCAACCGUAAAACCUAUGUAUUUCCGUCCAGGCACGCUACACCAGGAUGAUGGGACAAUCCACCACCUUCCGCGCGAAUUCGACGGCGAAACCGGUGGAGUUGGAGAUGAAUGGAUGCUCAUUGAUUCAACGCCCGCGAGCUGCGUCCAAAUUGGUUUAUUCCAUUACAACCAAGGCCGGGGGCCCAUAGAUCUUGUUAUUUCUGGUCCAAACUAUGGAAGAAAUACUACGUCUGUGUUUUCGUUGUCGAGUGGGACAAUUGGCGGCGGGCUCGAGGCAGCUGUGUGCGGAGUCAAGGCUAUUGCCCUUUCUUACGCUUUUAGCUCUAGGAACCAUGACCCUGUGAUUAUUGCCGAGGCAUCGAGGCUUUCUAUUCGUCUAAUCGAGCAUCUGUACAAGAAUUGGGGAGAGGGAGUGGAAUUAUAUAGCAUCAACGUUCCCCUUGAACCCGGGGUGGAGCACGCUAAGAUAUUGUACACACCUAUCUUGGAAAAUCGUUGGAAAUCAGGGAGCUGCUUUGAAGAGAUUGACGCAGAGUCAAGCGGCGAGGGCCCGGAUUUGCAGGAACAACAAUUACGAGAGGGCGAGAUGACGCUGAAAACUGGCGAGAAACCUUCUGGUCCAAAGUAUCAUCAUCGACACUUCAAAUGGGCACCCAAGUUCACAGACGUCUACAAAAGUAUUGAAGAGAGCGAACCAGGAAAUGAUGGCUGGGCCGUUAAGAUGGGAUAUACUAGUGUCACACCCCUCAAAGCCAAUUUCAUGCAUUCACAGGGUUAUACUGGGGAGAUAAAGUUGGAAAGAAGUGUGCCUAAAAUUUACGCCGUAGUGGAAUGCGAUGACGAAUAUGUUCAACCCCUUGUCCUUGAAGCUCUCCAGAAAGGUUUCAAGGGAGUACCUUAUCAAUUGACAUCCUCGCCAUGCAAACCCCCUAACCCCUCCUCACCAGUCCUACAAUAUCGAGUCUAUGAGAAGUCCGAUUUCGACCACGUGCUUGCACAUCCAUCGACGUCCCUAGUGAAUUCGUAUGUGAUUCGAAAAGCACUCAUUCGCAAACAUUAUCUGUCAAACACAGUUGCGAAUUGGAUCAUCAAACAUCCUAAUAGCAUUCUCCGGAAACACUUCAAGCCUGCGGUAGAAUUCGAGCUGGAUUUUGCGGAGUUUUUGGACGAGGCAUUGCUCGAAGCGUACGAGUUGCGGGAUAGCUUUGAAAAAAAUGUAGAGAGAGAAGAAUCAGAAAAAGAGUGGUGGAUUUUGAAACCAGGGAUGAGCGAUCGGGGCCAAGGCAUUCGUCUCUUCAAUAGCGAAUCUUCAUUGCAGGCCAUAUUUGAAGAAUGGGAGGAGGAGGAGGAUGAAGAAGAAGCUGAAGACGAAGGCGAAGAGCAAAAGGAUAGUGACGGUGCGGCUAAUUCUUCAAAUGAUAACAGCGAUCGCCUCGACAAUGGAGUUGUUACAUCCCAGCUACGCCAUUUCAUCGCCCAACCUUACAUUCACCCUCCACUUCUCCUACCUUCAUCGGACAACCGGAAAUUCCACAUUCGCGUGUAUGCACUGGCGGUAGGCUCCCUAAAGGUCUAUGUCCAUAGAGAAAUGCUGGCUCUCUUCGCUGAGAAACCUUAUGCUGCGCCGUGGGAGAAAGGAGGAGUGGAAGAACUCACUCGUCAUCUAACCAAUACCUGUCUUCAGGCGGACGAAACCGGAAGUGCUAAUGUUGAUAGUGUCCGCCGUUUUUGGGCUCUCGACGAUAGUGUUCCCUCGAUUGCUUCGAACUGGAAAGCGCGUGUUUACGAGCAAAUCUGUGCUGUUACCGGUGAAGUUUUUGAAGCUGCAGCCAGGGGGAUGAUGGUGCAUUUUCAAACGCUUCCCAAUGCAUUUGAAUUAUUUGGCGUCGACUUUUUAGUUGACGAGCAUGGUGACGUCUGGUUGCUGGAACUGAACGCUUUUCCCGAUUUUCGGCAGACUGGAACAGAGCUCAGAGACCAAGUUGUAGGAACAUUAUUUGAAGAAGUAGUGGAGGUCGCAGUUAAACCAUUUUUCGGGAUUGGAAACGCAAGUGAUCGUGAUCCUCCCACCACCGACUCUAUGGAUGAUGAGAGCAAAGCUCGACUCCGUCUAGUGACCAGUCUCGAUCUGGGUCUCAGAAAAUGAAGUCGAAUAUCUCACAUCAUAUUGCCAUGGAGUUACUAAGUAUUUUUUUUUUUUUUUCUUUUCUUCAAAACAAGACGCACAUGGGAGGGCGAAGCUUGGAUAUGAUACGGAGUACGGAGUACUAAUUAGAAAAUGACUAAACUGCAAUUGAUACAAUUCAUCGCC